UCAUGAACUGUUAGAUUAUACGUAUAUAUAGUGCAUAAUCUCUUCGUUGAUCAGAAAACAUGCGUGUCAUCCCUUCAAGGAGCGUGCGGCUCAACCUUCUAAUCAAGGCAUCCGUCUCCUCCGCGGUACCGCAAGUCUCGUCGGGCUCUCUCGCGAAGACAAGGAUGCACCGACAAUCCCUCGGAAAGCCUGGCGCCAAGCAUCUCAUCUCCGGCGCAGCGGGAGGGGCUCGGAAGGAGGAGAAGCGGAAGAGCAUCGCCAGCGCCGCUGGAUCUGCGGUUGCGCAGGCGCCGGCGGCGGAGGAUAUGGCCAUUGAGGCAAACAAGCUGCUCCGAGCGAGCUCGAGGGCGAACAAGUCCAUCCAUCUCAUCCCCGUCUUCACCAUCCUCUGCCUUCUCGUCCUUUACUUCUUCUCCCACGAGCCCUCCCCCACAGAUAUGCAAGCCUUCGGUAGCUCCGCCGUGCGAUUAGACUCCAGAGGUAUAAUGCUGCUCCUAAGGGCUCUCCUCGAUGGCCUUGUGUUGCUUUCUCUCCGUGAUUCUUCUAUCGGCGGUCUCUUUUGGACUUAAUAUCUUCUUCUGUUUGUAGCGGCGGUU